GCAUGAACAAUAUUUUAUUUGGCCUCAAUUUGUUUUAAAAAGUAACUAAUUGAUUUCAUGGCAAGCUCAGUCAGUAAAGGUGGGUCUGAAGCGUUAACGUAUGUCUGCAAUCCUCUUAUUUUGUCCCUGACCAAGUAUGGAUUAGAUUCAUCCGCGGGUCACUUUCAAAGGACUUUCAUUGAAUAGAGAAACAUCUAGGCCUCUUGAUAUUUUCAAGGAGAUUUAUUUGAAACGUUUAUCGCUUUUUAUUUUAUUUUAUACUAUAAAAUGUAUUUGUUGUUUUUUAAAAUCGUCAAGGAUUCCAGUAACCUGCGAUAUAACGAAGCUAAGGUAAAUAAUUUAGCCCAAAUCGACAACACCAUCGAGAUUUUUUGUACAGCAAUAACAGUGAAGUUGGAAAAUGUUACUGAAAGUUAGGUGUGAAUUGUGAAGGUGCAGAAGAACACCUUUAUUGAUGACUGCAGGCAUUAAGUAGCUCUCCAGGGUGCUUAAGUUGAAUCUCCCAACGCCACUGACGAGCCUCAUCAAACUGUUGUUUGUGAGCUGAGACCUACUCACAUUUAUUUAUGCCCACGGAACGACUGAUGCUGGAAAACCUUGGUAAAAGAUGACCGUGUAACUCUAUGAAGGAUAUAAAUCUACCUUAUGAAAGAAACCACUGGAAGAGAAAGGUAAAACUUUAUGGAAAUGUUUUCGUGCAUCAAGAGGCCCAUAUGAAUAAUGGUAAGUUCAAUUUCUAAAUUAUGUUUUAUUUAGUAAUGUGUCAGUUUGUACACUUGCAUAAAUAUAAGUACGGAUAAAUUUGCAAUUCAAUUUUAUUUUUUGCAUUUCUAGUGUAUGAAGCUAGACAAAAAACAAAACAAAAAAAAACAAAAAAAAAACAAUAAAAUAAUAACCGAAGAUAACUAUGUAAAACAUGUUUUUAUGCCAGAUCAACAUUCCUUGUCGAAAAUUUGUCGAAAACAUUCUAUACUACUAUGUUCUAAACGUUUAGAGUUUCAACUCGAUUUUCUUCAUCAGUGACUUAAUUGCAUUUAAAGUGGACAAAUUAACUUCAGGUCACUUCAGGUAGCAAAUUUGGCUUUGAUUUUAUUUGAAAAACUUUAACUCAAGUUUUCAAUUUUAGUGAAUUGAAAUGUUUACAUUGUGUAGAAAACAUACUGCCUAGCUAUAUAACAGAUAAGUCUCUAUCUAUCUAUCUAUCUAUCUCUGUCUCUCUCUCUCUCUAUAUAUAUAUAUAUAUAUAUAAUUGAAUGUUUGGCCUUAUAAAUUAUGCUGAAAGUGUGUCAUGACUUCAGUUCAUAUGUAAUCUGCUGUUUUCCAGGUGUCUCUUUGUGACGUCCAGCUCUCAUAACGGCUUCUAAAGGAGGACAAUGCGACAUAUUCACCUCCCAUUUGGAGGUGCUUUAUGGGAGUUAUCCAGUUACCCCUGCUGCCCCAUCCUCAGGAGCCUCUCGACGCUUCCAUUUUACAGCAUUACACUAUGGAUCAUUCUUGGUGUGUUGACAUUCCCAUGCUGUGUCCAAUGCCUGAUUUUCAAAGUAGGAGUCUUGGGGCCUUGGAACUGUGACCCUUAUUACUCAAAAGCACUUCCUGCCAUUGCGUCCAGACUGGCUGUUGGCCGCAUAAAUGAGGAUUUUAGUUUAGACCUGGGCUGUACAAUGGACUUUGUCAUCCUUCAAGAAGCUUGCGAGACAUCAAAAGCGUUGACCUCGUUUGUACAAUAUGAAAACGUUGCUGAUGUAUUUGUAGGCCCUACAAAUCCAGGAUACUGCAAUGCCGCUUCUCUCAUGGGCAAGAAUUGGGACAAGUCUAUAUUUUCAUGGGCGUGCAUUAACUAUGAGUUAGACCGGGUCCAGGGCUACCCAACAUUUGCCCGAACUUUACCAUCUCCGACGCGGGUGCUUUUCAACGUGCUUAGGUAUUUCAGCUGGGCUAACAUAGCCAUCGUGUCUUCUAAUGAGGAUAUAUGGAUCGACACGGCUGCCAAAUUGGCUAGUGCUCUCAGAAACCAGGGCCUUCCUGUUGGCAUCGUUGCGUCCAUGGGGAAUAAUGACACUACGUUGGAGAACACGUUGAUGAGCAUUCAAAACGCAGGGGAGAUAAAAGUUAUCAUUAUGUGCAUGCAUUCAGCGCUCAUUGGAGGAGAGCAACAAACUUCUUUCCUGAUGAAGGCCUAUGACAUGGGAUUGACAAAUGGUCGAUAUGUGUUUAUACCGUACGACACGCUCCUGUACAGCCUACCCUACACCAACACAACCUACUUCCCACUGCAAAACAACACCAAACUGCGCAAAGCCUAUGACGCUGUGCUCACCAUCACUGUGGAGUCUGAACUGAUGUCAUUCAGCGAAGCGUUCAAUAUGGCCAAACGACUUGGAGAACUGAUAGUGUCACAAGAGCCAGACCAGGUUUCUCCGCUCUUUGGUACAAUCUACAACAGUUUGUACCUCUUUGCUAAGUCCAUGCACAAUGCCAGAAGAGCAGGUAAGUGGUUCUCCGGGUCCAACCUGGCCUUCUUCAUGAGGAACGUCACAUUUUCCGGGUUCAAUCAGAAUAUCCGCACAGACUCCCAAGGGAACGGGCAGACCAACUACGUGAUCUUGGACACUGAUGGCUGGGGAACUCAACUGUAUCGCUGUUUUCAAGUAGACCUGACUUUGGACAUGGUGUUGUUUGCCGGCAAGUCCAUUCAUUUCCCAGCAGGUUCACCUCCACCGUCAGACUCCAGCUGCUGGUUUGACCCCAAUGCCAUCUGCACAGGAGGUGUGGAAAUAAUAUACGUCAUCAUAGCGUUUGUGAUUGUCUUCAUUAUAGUGCUUGGUUGUAUUGGCCUAACUCUCUUCAUAAGGAGGCGAAUCCAACAAAUCCAGCUGAUUAAAGGGCCCAACAGAAUCCUGCUUACGCUUGAGGACCUGACCUUCAUCAACCCGCAGCUGAGCAGGAGGAAAAUCACCCUUGAGGAUCUUGAGGAUUCAAAAAGUUACAUUGAGGAGAAGAGCACAGGUGAUCUGUCCCGCUCUGUGAAUAGCAUGGCAACGGCAACACAUGAAAAUUCAAACGUGGCUGUCUAUGAGGGCGACUGGGUGUGGCUAAAAAAGUUUAAGGAGGGACAUUUCAAGGAGGUUAAACAGAGCACCACUAAGAUUUUCACCAAGAUGAAGGACCUACGGAAUGAAAAUGUCAAUCCGUUUUUGGGGUUUUUCACUGAUUGUGAUAUGUUUGCCAUCGUCACUGAACACUGUUCUCGGGGGAGUCUACAUGACCUCCUUCGAAAUGAAGAUGUCAAACUGGACUGGAUGUUUAAAUCCUCCUUAUUGCUGGAUCUCAUCAAGGGCAUGAAAUAUCUUCACCACAGGGAAUUUCCUCACGGGCGCCUGAAGUCUCAUAAUUGCGUAGUUGAUGGACGUUUUGUCUUAAAGAUCACUGAUUAUGGUUACAAUGAGAUUCUUGAGACCCAGAAAGCUCCAAAGGAGACCCCACCUCCAGAGGAUCAAUUUUGGACAGCUCCUGAACUUCUCAGAGAUCCUGAAAGUCCACGGAAAGGAACUUUUAAAGGAGAUGUGUACAGCUUUGCGAUUAUACUUCAAGAAGUAGUUGUCAGAGGAGCGCCGUACUGUAUGCUCGGCUUGUCUCCUGAAGAGAUAAUAAGGAAGGUGAAGAAACCUCCUCCUAUGUGCAGGCCCACUGUAGCUCCAGAUCAAGCUCCACUGGAAUGCAUCCAGUUAAUGAAGCAGUGUUGGAGUGAACAGCCUGAUAGAAGGCCUCCUUUUGAUCAGAUAUUUGAUCAGUUCAAGCUCAUCAACAAGGGCAAAAAGACCAAUAUUAUCGACUCCAUGUUGCGUAUGCUGGAGCAGUACUCGUCUAACCUGGAGGACCUGAUCAGGGAAAGAACAGAAGAGCUGGAGGUAGAGAAACAGAGGACAGAGAAGCUUCUGGCUGAGAUGCUUCCUCCUUCUGUGGCAGAAGCUCUGAAAACCGGUGCCUCUGUGGAGCCAGAGUACUUUGAUCAAGUCACCAUCUACUUCAGUGACAUUGUAGGCUUCACUACCAUCUCAUCCCUUAGUGAUCCAAUUGAGGUUGUAGACCUGCUCAAUGACCUUUACAGCCUAUUUGAUGCUGUGCUGGGCAGCCACGAUGUCUACAAGGUUGAAACCAUUGGAGAUGCCUACAUGGUGGCCUCCGGGCUGCCAAAGAGGAACGGCAACAAGCACGCAGCCGAGAUCGCCAACAUGUCCCUGAACAUUCUCAGCUCCGUAGGCUCCUUCAAGAUGCGGCACAUGCCAGAAGUUCCGGUCAGGAUACGGAUCGGCAUUCAUUCAGGGCCAUGUGUUGCUGGAGUCGUGGGUCUAACUAUGCCUAGAUACUGCCUUUUUGGAGACACAGUCAACACCGCCUCUCGUAUGGAAUCUACAGGGUUGCCUUACAGAAUUCAUGUGAACAUUAGUACAGUGAAGAUUCUCCACUCACUGAACGAUGGCUACAAAAUAGAAGUUCGAGGAAAGACUGAGCUGAAGGGGAAAGGCAUUGAAGAGACAUACUGGCUUGUUGGAAAAUCUAAUUUUACUAAUCCUUUGCCAAAACCACCAGAGAUCAAACCAGGAGAUAACUGGCAAGACAUGGUGACGGAGGAGGUCAAGUCAAUAUUUCGCAAGGCCAACAGACAAGUGGACAAGCCCAAAAUCUGAGAGGCACAAGGAAGGAUGUUAAAACUGACGAAGAAGGAAAGACACAUGACAAGUUGCAUGCGAGAGACACAAAGGACAA